AUCCCAAACAUGAAACACACUCUUUUAACGCAUGCCCUAAUCUAACUGGUGCCUGUGCGUGUGGUAGAGUUGGAUCGUGGCUGCGCACAUCGUUUCAUUUUCUUCCGCCAACCUGACUACGGGAUAGAAGAGACGAGAAAGGAAUAUGAGAAUCGUCGGCAGGGUUUUUUGCAAAAACUUGGUUCGGGCACUCUCAGGAUCCAGCUUAGGAACUGGAAAUAAUCAUCUGCGGUCCAAGACCCAUUCUUUCUCUCUUUCCCCGUAUUCCACUGUGGGGGAGUUGCAACCUCAGUCAUCCCUGGAACUGAUCAAGAUUAUGGAGCACAGGUUGUCGGCUAUUGAGCACCGGAGUGUUUAUCUUCAGGGCAUUAUAAAUCAGCCAGAAGCCUCGCCAACUGAGUAUUCGAGAGCAAACAAGGAGCUUCAAAACCUUAAUGCUAAAAUGGAUCUCAUAAGUAAGCUAAGGACCAUACAAAAGGAAAUUGAGAGUUUGAAAUCACUAGUGGGCGAUUGUGAACAAGAUAAAGACAUGCAGGCCAUGGCAUAUGAAGAACUGGAGCAGGCGUUGAAACAAGAAGGAUAUUUGCAUAAUCUGCUGCUCAAGGCCUUACUGCCUAAGGAUGAUGCAGAUGAAAGGGACUGCAUUUUGGAAGUCAGAGCAGGAACUGGAGGGGAAGAGGCUUCUCUGUUUGCUAUGGACAUGUUCAAAAUGUAUGAGAGAUACUCGCUGAAAAAGGGUUGGAGGUUUGAGGUGGUGGAUGUGACAGAUUCAAAUAUGAAAGGAUACAAGGAAGCCACAGCCGCAAUAUCUGGGGUGGAUGUCUAUGGAAAGCUUAAAUUUGAGAGUGGAGUUCAUAGAGUGCAGGUCUGUUGGCGAGUGCCUGUCACGGAGAAGUCUGGACGGGUUCAUACAAGUGCUGUGUCUGUUGCUAUUCUUCCCCAGGCAGAUGAGGUAGAUGUUCAACUGAGGAAUGAGGACUUGAGAAUCGACACAUACAGAUCUGGUGGAUCUGGUGGUCAGCAUGCAAAUACUACAAAUAGUGCUGUUAGGAUCACCCAUAUUCCCUCUGGGCUGACGGUUGCUAUACAAGAUGAACGCUCACAACAUAUGAAUAAGGCUAAAGCCCUAAAAGUGCUGUGCUCCAGACUGUAUGAGGUGGAGAGAUGUAGGGUUCAAAACAGCAGAUCAAAGCUAAGAUCUGAGCAGAUUGGUAGCGGGGAUAGAUCCGAACGUAUACGUACGUACAACUUUCCACAAGGACGAGUUACCGAUCACAGGAUAGGCUUCACUCAUCAUUCCAUCAGUGAUGUGAUGCAGGGAGAGAGUUUGGACUAUUUCAUUGACGCCCUUCUUUUGCAGCAGGAAAUGGAUGCAGUUGCUGACUUCACUGCCACCUCCCAUCAUCAUUGAACCAACAAUAUAUGUUAUGGAAAUGAGAGAGAUUUCUUUUGUAGCAGGAAAUGGAUGCAAGCCAAGUCCAAACACAUUCAUUCAUAUGACACUUACAAAUAAUAAAUUAUGAAUUUGGAUUUUUAUGGAAAUGAGAAAGAGGAAGUCUGUAAAGUUUGAAAAACAA